AUGUUGCGUAGGGGUUACAGGCAGACUAGAUGCAGGUGUACUGCCAAGUUUGUUGUAAAGUGGUGCCUAAGGCGUAAGAAGUACUUUGUAUGUGAAUUUGUAACGCUGCACAAUCAUGAUUUGUGCCGUCCAAACGAAGUGCAUUUCCUUCGGUCUCAUCGGAAAGUAGAGGACCACGACCUUGCCCAGGUUCAAUCGUUGAGUGAAGUUCAAGUUCCCAUUAGCAGAGCGUAUGAAUUUCUUUCUUACCAGGCAGGUGGAUAUAAUAACAUGCGGUUUACGCUUAAAGAUCUGUACAACAAGCUUGGUAGGAAAAAUAUUACAGAUAAUGCAGAAGGUGAUGCACAAACUGCUAUAAGAAGCUUGAGAGCUAGGUCUGCAAGAGAGACGAAAUUCUUCUUCGAGCACACCGUUGAUACUGAGGGCAGACUUAAAAACAUGUUUUGGAGGGACCAUCAGUCUUUGCUAGACUACACCGCUUACGGUGAUGUAUUAAUCAUCGACAGCACAUACAAAACAAACAGGUACAGGCAGCCUUUGGUGUUGUUUGUCGGCUGCAACAAUCACCGAGCAACAAUUGUGUUUGGGUUUGCACUUGUGGGUGAUGAGAAAGAGGAAACGUACGACUGGGUUUUUAAUAUGUUCCUUGUCUCAAUGAAAUAUAAGAAACCUAUGUCUGUCAUCACUGACGGGGAUGAGGCGAUAAAGAGUGUAUUGGAGCGCUUGAUGCCAGAAGCACGUCACCGGUUGUGUGCGUGGCACAUAGGCAGAAACAUUGGUCAGAACCUGAAUAAUGUAGAAGCCAUCAAGUGUUUCUCUAAAUUUAUCUAUGCAUCUCUUACAGUGCCAGAAUGGGAGGCCCAGUGGCGUGAGGCUGUUGAGAUGCACCAGAUGGAAAAUAAUGAAUGGGUUACUGCUCUGUAUAAGAAGCGGACCCGGUGGGCUGAGUCGUUUUUCAGAGGUAGUUUUUAUGGAGGAAUGUGCAGCACACAGAGAUGCGAGGGCAUGAAUUGUCAAUUUAAGAAGCGUUUAGACCCCAGCACAACUGUUUCUGCUGUGUAUGGACGGUUGGAGUGGAAACAGAGACGUAUAAGGGACCGCGUCUAG